AUGGAUGAACAGGUGACCAAGGAGAAGCCCGAAUCGUCGGCGGUCGAGGAUCCCCUCGCUGACCAUGCGAUCUUGAGCCAGCCUAUCGUAUCAAGUUCCACGAACGAGUACUCGCCAGAAGUAGAACAAAGGGCCGGAAGCCCGGUCGCAGAAAGUGUCGCUGUCGCGAGCGAAGAUGGCGAGAGUUUACCUGAUAUCACCAAGAUACAAAACAAGCCGAAGGAGUCUAGGUCUUCAUUCCGCCACCAAAGAAGAGCCGAACGAACUUGGAGCACGUCGGCACCUAGCGGCUUAGUACAUUACCUUCGGCGUACGUCUAUGGCGGCUCCACCAUUGGCAGAUGCGCUGAAUGCCCACACGGCUGUCGAAGCACCAAAAAUGACGCUGAAAGCAGAUAGCUCAAACGAAAACAUCUUCAAGCGCGCGUUCUCUGAGAUUUACGAAAAGCUCGAGCGCUACGAGUCUCAAGAUGCCGAGGAGGGUGCGCGAUUCGAAUAUCGCUUGGCCAGAGCGCGUCAGGCCUUGCCAGAUAAUGUUCAAAGCAUCGAGGACAUCCGCGGUCAAGACAUGGAAGAUAUCGAAGAAGGCAAGAUCCAACCACUGUCCAUGCGCCGCAGUAGUACCACGCGCUCUGAACCCAAAGAGAAAGGCGAUGCUGAGCAAAAGCCAGACCCCUUUCUCGUCACAUUUGAGACGACAAACUCGGAGCAUGAAAACCCGCGUACAUGGUCUUUCGGUUAUCGUGUAUCGAUCUUGGCUAUGUACGCAAUGUUCUCGCUUAUCGGACCAUUUGCUUCGUCAGUGGUGUCACCUGCUUCGGCGGCAAUUGCUGAAGAUUUGGACAUGGAGUCGAAGCUUGAACAAAACCUCUUGGUUGGCUUGUUCAUGCUCGCAUUUGUCGUUGGUCCCUUGUGCUCUGCACCUGUAAGUGAGACAUAUGGACGCCGCGUCGUGGUGCUUGUUUGUUCUCUAUUCUUCAUUGUCUUCAAUAUCGGCUGUGCCGUGGCCAAUACUGCUGCUCAGUUGUUGGUGCUGCGCUUUUUUUCAGGUGCUUUUGGUGGCGCUAUUAUACCCAUGGGUGGCGGCACUGUGUCUGAUAUGUUUGAGGUGCAUGAGCGUGGCACAGCUAUGGCUUUAUACACGAUCGCCCCUGUCCUCGGUCCAUCUCUGGCGCCCAUCAUAAGCGGCUGGAUUAUCCAGGGGUGGGGCAAGGAUCACUGGCGCUGGGUAUUUUGGGUCUCGACCAUACUUGCAGGCUUUAUUUGCGUUCUUGGUAUAUUUUUCGUUCGAGAGACGUAUGCUCCUCGUUUGUUGUAUCUAAAGGCACGUAAGCUGCGCAGGGAGUCGGGCGACAAGCGAUAUCAUUCAUCGUUCGAAAUGCGAUCAGAAACUAUUUGGCAAAAAGUCAAGCGAAUCCUUCUCAGACCAUUGAUUUUUCUCGCCACGGAACCACUCGUCACUCUCCCUGCCCUGUACAUGUCAAUUGUUUACGCGUGUUUCUACCUCAACGUUGCUUCACUUCCUUAUGUCUUUCGUGAUCAUUACGAGUACAAUGUGGGCAUCGCAUCUUUGCAUUACAUUGGGCUCAUGAUCGGCUUGGUGGGUUUUGGACAAUUCGGUGGCUGGUUCAUCGACUUUAUGUACAAACGAUUGAGCAGAAAACAUGGCCGCAGGCGUCCUGAGUACAAGCUUCCUUUGCUUAUGAUCACCGUUUAUGUGUUGCCCGCUGGCAUGCUUUUGUUUGGGUGGACGGCUGACUACCACAAAUUCUGGAUUGCACCAGACAUUGGUCUCGUACUUGUGGGCUCCGGGAUCAUUGGCAGCAUGCUUUUAAUACAAAUGUAUUUGGCUGAUCUUAUGACAAUUUACGCUGCAUCCGCAAUUAGCGCUGUGACAUCUUCGCGCUCACUGAUGGCCUUUGUUUUCUUGUUAUUUUCAAACGCCAUGCUGACGAAUUUGGGCGUUGGAUGGACUAUGUCAGUUUUGGCAUUGAUUGUGGCAGUUGUUGGUAUACCUGCACCAUUCUUACUCUAUAGAUAUGGACCCUUUCUCCGCUCCAAAAGCAAGUAUUGUGUCCAGGGUUGA